CCCAACUAGCUAGGGCACGUAGUUACAAGAUAGAGAUAAAUUAACUUCCCCUGAAUAUUGGUCUUGUUCAAGAGUAUUAUGCAUAAAUAACUGAUCUGCAUCCCUUCUUUGUCCAUAUUUUCAUGGCCUAACCCCACAACCCCUUCUCUAUCAUUUACCAAUUGAUUUCCUGAAUUCUGGACCCAAUUGCAAAUAAUUACACAACUUUUUUUUUUGUCUUUUAGGUUUCAGUUCUUUUGGUCAAAGUCUUUUUUUGUUGUUUUGUAUAUAAUAUAUACUCAUGGAGAAAGAUGAUAACAACUAUUCGGGAGGUUUUCUUGGAGUAGACUUUAAUGAAGAUCAUGACAACGAACAUGAACACGACCAUGAUCUUGAUCAACAACAUCAAGAGCAACAACAGUUCAUUGUGAAAAACACAUAUGAAAAUGGGAAUCAUAUGGUGGAUUACUUGCUCAACAAUCCUAUACAGAAUAUACCUUCUGGUGGGUUUUGUAGCUCGAAUUCGUUGGAUAAGUUGAGUUUUGCAGAUGUGAUGCAGUUUGCUGAUCUUGGUCCGAAGUUGGCUUUGAACCAAAACAAAACAUGCCAAGACCAUGAUGAAGAUCAAGAGACCGGGUUAGACCCGAUUUAUUUCUUGAAGUUCCCGGUCUUAAAUGAAAGGAAUCAAGAAGAUCAUGAUCAGUCCCUAUUGGUCCCUCUCGGAGAUGAAGAGAUUGAACAUAGUUUAAUGAUUGAUAGAGGAGAAAGGGAAGAAGAAGCUAAGGUAUCCGAAGGCACAUCUGUUCGGCUUCACUUUGUAGGUGAUGAUGUUCAUAAAACCCUAGCGCCGGAAGGAAAGAACAAGAGAAAAAGACCGAGAACUAUAAAGACUAGUGAAGAGGUUGAGAGCCAAAGAAUGACUCAUAUUGCAGUUGAAAGAAAUCGAAGAAAGCAAAUGAAUGAACAUUUACGUGUACUUCGGUCUCUUAUGCCAGGAUCUUAUGUUCAAAGGGGUGAUCAAGCAUCGAUUAUCGGUGGAGCAAUCGAGUUCGUGAGAGAGUUAGAGCAACUAUUACAAUGUCUUGAGUCACAAAAACGAAGAAGACUCUAUGGUGACACCCCAAGGGUUGUUGGAGAUCCAUCGGCUCUUCCAACUUUGCAGCAACCUCAACAAGGGCCGGCGGCUGCGGUGUUCUAUCCUCCGCCAUCCGAUGAUCAGAUAAGGUUGAUGGAAUAUGAAGGUGCGCUAAAGGAAGAGACAGCGGAAAGCAAGUCGUGUUUGGCUGAUAUCGAAGUGAGACUACUAGGGUUCGAUGCCAUGAUCAAGAUUUUGUGUAGGAGAAGGCCUGGCCAGCUUAUUAAAAUCAUAGCUGCACUUGAAGAUUUACAGUUUAACAUCUUGCAUACCAAUAUUACCACCAUUGAACAAACUGUUCUCUAUUCAUUCAACGUUAAGGUUGAUAGUGAAGCAAGGUUUUUGGCUGAAGACAUUGCGAAUUCGGUACAACAGAUUAUCAGUUUUGUGCAUGCAAAUACUUGUGCUUGAUCAUAAAACUUUUAAAGAAAGACACUGAUGAAUCUAACUCCCGCUAGCUAGCAACCAGAGGCUCGCACAUCAUCGUCAAUAUAUAGAUAUCCGUUGAGCGACGGCAAAGCUAAAUUCAUCAGGAACGGAGAUUAAUUCUUUACGUAGUUAUAUAUUUUCAUAUAUAUAUAUAUAUAUUAUAUAUAUAUAUCACUCAUCAAUUAGUAGCAUUGAUAUAUAUUCAGUUAUAUUACCUGUUUAAAGCAUAUAUAUAUGAAUUCUAAUGAUUUGAUUGAAAUAUAUAUGAAUUAUAAUUA